AUGACAAAUCAGUUCAAAGUGCAGAUAACUGCCCAUUAUAUACCGGGAGUUUGCAACUCAAUCCCCGAUUGCCUCUAUCGGAAGAAAGAACUUCCAGAUUGGCACCUAUCGAGUCGGGUAACACAUGAUUUUCCAAAAGUGGGAUCAACCCGAGGUGGAUCUAUUUGCAACAAAUGUAUCGGCAGUAGUUCCUCAAUAUGUGACUCAGUCGAUACACGAUACAAAAGGGUUAUUUGUAUAUGCCUUCAGCAGAAACUGGGACUAUCAGUUGGCUUGGGUGUUUCCACCACCAAUAUUAAUUCCGAGAGUCCUACAACAUCUAAACAAGGCAAAAGGAAUAUAUAUAAUAAUUGCCCCGAAUUGGGAACGAGUAUUUUGGAAACCAGACUUACUAGCCCGAGCGAUAGCCUCACCAAUACCGAUUCCAGAUCUUCAGAGCAACUAAAUAUGCAGUCGAGAAGACCUCUACCGGAAGCGCACAUGCUUUCUUUGGAGGCUUGGAAGGUCCGGGGUGGAACGAUCACCUAA